AUGAGGAUGCAUAGAGCUGUCCGAGCUGCAGCUUCGGCAGAAGCAUCAAUUGGUUCUAUCAGAAGUUCCGCAUCAAGACCCAGGUUUCUCUGCUUAAAUGCAUCGAGUAGGGGGCUUGCGCCUGGAGGAGGUAUAGGGGCAAGAGGGAAAGGAGCUCAGAGAUACUUUUCGGAAACGAGAUGUAUAAGAGCUGGUGUUGCAGAAGCUGUUUUAAAACAAGCAGCAGCCGAUCCCUCCGCUCUCACCCAAGAGAAGAUUAUAGAGAAUUUGGAUAGUACAGAAAAAGAACGGUUAAACCGAAUUAGAAACAUUGGUAUUGCUGCACAUAUCGACAGUGGUAAAACAACAGCAACCGAACGAGUCCUUUUUUACACCGGUCGCAUCAAUGCCAUACACGAAGUCAGAGGCAAAGAUGCCGUCGGAGCCAAGAUGGAUUCUAUGGAGCUGGAGAGAGAGAAGGGAAUCACAAUUCAAUCUGCAGCGACAUUCUGUGAUUGGCUGAAAGUUGAAGACGGCAAGGAGGAGAAAUACCACAUCAAUUUGAUUGAUACACCUGGACAUAUUGACUUUACAAUCGAGGUGGAAAGAGCUCUCCGAGUUUUGGAUGGCGCGGUCAUGAUUCUCUGUGCCGUCAGUGGUGUUCAAAGUCAGACGAUUACUGUGGAUAGGCAGAUGCGAAGAUACAAUAUUCCCCGAAUCAGCUUCGUCAACAAGAUGGACCGAAUGGGUGCGAACCCUUUUAAGGCAGUCGAGCAAAUCAACCAAAAACUUCGGAUCCCAGCCGCAGCUCUACAGGUGCCCAUUGGAUCCGAGGACACCUUCAAGGGUGUGGUGGAUUUAAUCAACAUGAAAGCUAUCUACAACGAAGGUCCAAGAGGUGAAACGAUGCGAGUUACCGACGAGAUUCCUGCGGACCUCAAAGAUGUAGUGGAGGAGAGGAGAGCAAUGAUGAUCGAAACUCUUGCUGAUGUCGAUGACGAGAUUGCGGAAAUCUUUCUGGAUGAGAAGACUCCCACCCCAUUACAAAUCAAGGCCGCGGUUCGACGAGCAACAAUCGCACUGAAGUUCACACCCGUCUUGAUGGGAAGUGCGCUAGCAGAUAAGUCUGUUCAACCUAUGUUGGAUGCCGUCUGUGACUAUCUCCCAAAUCCUGCAGAGGUUGAAAAUUUGGCUCUAGACAAGCUAAAGGAUGAAAAACCAGUUAAACUCGUUUCCUACGGUUCUCUGCCAUUCGUUGGCUUGGCAUUCAAGCUUGAAGAAAGCAAUUAUGGUCAAUUGACCUACAUUCGGGUCUACCAAGGGACUUUGAAGAAAGGAAUGAACGUCUUCAACGCCAGAACAGACAAGAAAGUCAAGAUCCCCCGAAUUGUACGAAUGCACUCGAACGAGAUGGAAGAAGUUCCGGAAAUCGGUGCUGGAGAAAUUUGCGCGGUGUUCGGUGUUGAUUGUGCAUCCGGAGAUACCUUCACUGAUGGUGGCCUCCCAUAUUCGAUGUCAUCCAUGUUCGUACCAGAUCCCGUCAUCUCUUUAUCGAUCAAGCCAAAGCAGUCGAAAGACUCUUCGAACUUCUCCAAGGCUAUGGCUCGUUUCCAGCGCGAAGACCCUACGUUUCGCGUGCAUGUCGAUUCCGAGAGUCAAGAAACAAUUAUCUCGGGAAUGGGUGAGCUGCAUCUCGAUAUUUACGUCGAGCGAAUGCGUCGUGAAUAUAAGGUCGAAGUUGAGACCGGUAAGCCUCAAGUCGCCUACAGAGAAACAAUUACCGAAAGUGUCAAAUUCGACCACACACUCAAGAAGCAAACUGGAGGUGCAGGAGAUUUCGCCCGUGUCGUAGGAUAUAUGGAGCCCAUCGAACCUGGUCCAAACGGCUACAGCAGCUCCAAAUUCAGACAAGAAGUCACGGGAGGUUCUAUUUCCGAAAAAUACUUAUUCGCAUGCGAGAAAGGUUUCCUCGCAUCUUGCGAAAAGGGCCCACUUAUCGGCCACCCUGUUCUUGGUACCACUAUGGUCGUCAACGAUGGUGCUACUCACAUGACUGAUUCGUCCGAAAUGGCAUUCAAGAUUUCGACUCAACAGGCGUUCCGAAAGGCGUUCAAAGAAGCCAAACCCCAGGUCUUGGAGCCGUUGAUGAAGACUACCAUCACGGCACCUAAUGAAUUCCAGGGGAAUAUUGUGGGGCUGCUGAAUAAGCGGAAUGCAAUUAUCAAUGAUACGGAGAUUGGACCGGAAGACUUUACGCUCUUGGCUGAUUGUAGUUUGAAUGCCAUGUUUGGCUUUAGCUCUCAGUUGAGAGCUGCGACGCAAGGAAAGGGCGAGUUUGGAAUGGAGUUCAGUCAUUACAGUCCGGCGCCAGGUCAAUUGCAAAAGGAACUUAUUGGGAUAUACGAGAAGGCGCAAACGGAUAGACAUAAGAAGUGA